AUGAACCACUUCACCAAGGCCACCAUGCCCCUUCCUAGCCUGUCUUCGCGCCCCUACUACCAAGAGCCUGCGGAAGGCACCGAAGAUUAUAUGGCCCCUCAGGUGCGAGGCACCUGGUUGGACAAGAAAGACAAAGAUGAGAUAUUAGUAACCUCCCUGGUUGUGUGCUCCAAGCGCCUCAUCGCUGCCAUAGUUGCUAUUAGGUCUUUCAGUACAAUUGCUCUGUGCCGACCAGGGGCUGCUGCAUGGUCAGUGAGAGUACAUGAGGUAUCCAGGUUGUUCUCAGAUAUGGUCAUCUUGCAAGGGAAGAUCUACGCUCUUGACCGCACCGCCAUGCCUGGGUAUCUUGUUGCUAUAGACAUUGUGGAUGAGUAUGACAAGCACGAAUCUGGAAAUUUCUCUAUCAUUUUUGUGGCUGGUGGUAGUGGGUUUGUAGUGUUCGAAGCUAAUCUUAAGCGGCACUUGUGGGCUGAGAUGAAGACUUUGGGGAAUGACCAAGCAUUGUUCCUUGGGCGAGGGUGCUCCAGAGCUGUCCAUGUGUCCCCCUACGAUCUUUCACGGGACUGUAUCUUCUUCCUGGAUGAUUUCACUGGGUAUUGGAAGAAAACAACUACAGCUUGUGAACUGUAUGACAUGAAAGAUGAGAAGAUCUAUUCACCCUUGCCUAUGGUAUCACGGAAGAGUGGAAACGUUCCUGCAAUCUGGAUAUUCUCACAGGGUGAGAUAGAUAAAGCUGCAAACAGCAGGAGAGGUGGAAUGUGA